AUGACUAUGUGCAAGAGGAACAGUGAAGUGAAGGACCUCACAAAAGCAGUACGAGGAGGCCAGCUUUCUGCGGGGCAUGACAUGGCAGAGAUGUUCAGUGAGCGCAUGGCGUACUGCAUAUUGUGA